UGAGCCCUGUUGCUUUUUAGGGACAUGUUGCACCUUGCCCCAAAUAGUUGUAUGCUUCUUUCAACCGGGAAUUUGGGGGCAAACGCAGUGCGACGUCGCCCCCUGUCGCUCGCUGGUGGCAGUCUGAGGGCAAAGUUAGGCAUCUUCUCCCAACCACUGCUCAGGUGUUCUGGACUUUGCUUUUCCCAACUAUCCCGGCUGGGUACUCCCUCUCCAGGCUGUCCCCACUCCCUGGCUGCGGAAACCCCGCCCACCUCACGCACGCUGGAGGCGGGGUCUGUGGCGUUUGGCCGCCGUCACUUCCAGUGGACCCGGAAGCGCUGUUGUCGGCGGCCAGGGUUGUUAGGAAAUCGUGAUGGACUCGAGCUUGGUGUAAACCCCGGGCCGAUCCUGGGCCGAGGUGGGCGGGCCUGGGACGCGGUGGCCAGCGGAGCGGCGAGGGCGGAGCGGCUUCUGGGCCGGUAUUGGAGAGCCGUGGCUGAGCGCUUCUGCUGGGCCACCGUUGCCCCGCCCCCAGGCUGGAACCGGCUUCCACCUUCCGCCAGGCUCCGCAACGCUUUUGCUCCGCCACCGCGGCCCUCAACCCGCCGGGACAGCCGGUGUGCGCCCUGCAGCCAGACGGCCCUCUCUGCUUCACUUCUAGAUGUUUUUGCUGCUCUGUCCAGGGCUGCCAGAACGCUGACGUGGAGCAACCCACUCCAGAACCCCCAUGGAGAAGUUUGGGAUGAAUUUCGGGGGCGGCCCAAGCAAAAAGGACCUGCUGGAGACCAUAGAGACACAGAAGAAGCAGCUUCUCCAGUACCAGGCAAGGCUCAAGGAUGUGGUCCGCGCCUACAAAAGUCUGCUGAAGGAGAAAGAGGCCCUGGAGGCCAGCAUCAAGGUACUGUCGGUAUCCCACGAGGCGGAUGUAGGCCUUGCAGGUGUGCAGCCUCCAGGUCUCACGUUUCCUGACUCUGUGGAUGAUCGGUGCUCCACUCACAGUGAGGACAGCACCGGAACUGCCACUAGCUUGGAUACUGCAGCCAGUCUUACGAGUAUCAAGGGUGAGUCCGGGGUCGAAGAUGACAGAAUGGCCCGUGGACCACUUCCUCCAAAGGCGGAAGAGGCCAGUGGGUCAGAGAGUGGCAUUAGUAGUAGCAGUGGGGAUGGGCCAUCUGCAGGUAGUGAGAUGGACAAAAGACUACAUCAGCUGAAGACGCAAUUGGCUACUUUGACUAGCUCCUUGGCCACAGUCACCCAGGAAAAGUCCCGUAUGGAGGCAUCGUACCUGGCGGACAAGAAGAAGAUGAAACAGGACUUAGAGGAUGCCAAUCAAAAGGCAGAGGAAGAGAGGGACCGUCUGGAGGGAGAACUGAAGGGGCUGCAGGAGCAGAUAGCAGAAACCAAAGCCCGACUGAUCACACAGCAGCAGGAUCGUGCCCAGGAGCAGAGUGACCAUGCUGUGAUGCUUCGUGAGCUACAGAAGCUGUUGCAGGAGGAGCGGACCCAGCGCCAGGACCUGGAACUUCGGUUAGAAGAGACCAGGGAAGCCCUGGCAGGGCGGGCAUAUGCAGCUGAUCAGAUAGAAGGGUUUGAACUGCAGACCAAGCAGCUAACCCGGGAGGUAGAGGAACUGAAAGGUGAGCUGCAAGCCAUCCGAGAUGAGAAGAACCGACCAGACCCCCGGCUGCAAGAGCUUCAGCAAGAGGCUGCCCGUCUUAAAAGCCAUUUCCAGGCUCAAUUGCAGCAAGAGAUGAGGAAGACAGCCCUUGUGGAGGACCAGCUUCGCCAGCAGUCCCAGGUAGAAGAGCAAAGGGUAGCAGCCCUGGAACAUCAAAUCUCUGAGGUGUCUGAACUGCUGGGCACCUACGAGAAAGCCAAACAGAAAGACCAGCUGGCCAUCCAGAAGCUGAAGGAGCGGAUUCUGCAGCUGGACCUGGAGAACAAGACACUGGCCCUUGCCGCCUCUAGCCGGCCCCCGCUGGACAGCCACGUGGAUGAGUCCAAUCUGGAUAUCAAUGUCUUGAAGGAUAGGAUGGAGAAGCUCCAGAGUCUACUGCAGGUUGCCGCUAGGAAAAGCCACGUGACCCUGGAUGUGGAGAAGCCCCGUGACCCUGAGAUAAUGGCCAGCUCUGAGGCUGCCGACGGGGAAAAGGCUACUGCACUCUACUACCAACAGGAGCUGAAGCAGCUGAAGGAGGAGUUUGAGCGUUACAAGAUGAGAGCCCAGGUCGUGCUUAAGAGCAAGAAUACCAAAGAUGGGAACUUGGCGAAGGAGCUGGAGGCAGCGCAGGAGCAGCUUGCUGAGCUGAAGGAGAAGUAUAUCUCCCUGCGGCUGUCCUGUGAGGAGCUUGAAAGCCAGCACCAGCAGGAGGCCCAGCACUGGAAGCAGGAGCUGGCCCGGCUGCAGCAGCUCCAUCGGCAGGAGCUGGAACACAGCCAGCUGGACUUCAGGGACCGCACACUCAAACUGGAGGAGGAGCUGCAUAAGCAGCGGGACCGGGCCCUGGCUGUGCUCGCUGAGAAGGACUUGGAGCUGGAGCAACUGCGUUCUGUGGCCUUGUCCUCUGGGUUGCCAGGACGCAGAAGCCCUGUGGGUGGAGUGGGUGGAGUGGGUGGUGUGGGUGGUGGAGGUCUUGGGGACGCGGCUGACACAGCAUCCUCAGAAAGCCUGACCCAAGCCCUGCAGCUCGCUGCAGCCAAUGAGCCCACUUUCUUCCUUUAUGCUGAGCAGUUGGCCCGAAAGGAGGUGGAGAUCACAUCCCUGAGGAAGCAGAAACACAGGCUGGAGGUGGAGACCCACCAGCUGCAGGAGAGGCUGCUGGAAGAGGGGGAGAGGCACCGAGAGGAGGUCGGAGCCCUUCAGAGCCACAUCGAGAAGAACAUCAGGGACCAGAGCAGGGAAGGAGCCAACCUGGAGUAUCUCAAGAACAUCAUCUACCGCUUCCUUACCUUGCCAGACAGCCUGGGCCGCCAGCAGACACUCACCGCCAUCCUCACCAUCUUACACUUCAGUCCCGAGGAGAAACAAGAGAUAAAGCGGCUCCCAAGUGGUGGGAGCUGGUGGCCCUCUGGCAAGAGAUGAUACCUUUUUCCAGCUCCUGAAAUCUCUGUGCCUCUUUUAUGUGGGAAGGGCAGGCUCCCGAUUUCUACUGCCUCUUCUCUCGAAUUCUCAUGUAUUUCUUCACUGUGUUGAACUCAGAGCAGUUCAAACUAGGGUGGGAUUUCUGCCAAGUGCCAUUAAUGCAACAUUAUCCUUGGGCUCUAGGGAUACUGCAGGUGUUGAGACAGCGUCUUCUGGUGGUGUGCAUGUGGAGUAGGUUAGGGAGAGAGGCUGGGGCUAAGAGGUGCAAGUUAGGGAAGCGAUGAGAAUCUUUAGAAAUGAGAUGCUUUGUUAUGCUCCUACCUCCGAUCUAGGAGUAAAUGUGACACCCAGAGGCGUUCAGCUGACUCUGGAACAUACCCAGUAACUAUGUGUGUAUUCCUUGUCAGUCAGAGUCUGGUCCACUUUAGUCCUAAUUUUUCUGGAGACAUAAAAUGAAGCUAGAAAGAGACCAGGGCUUUAGAAAUAGUAACGGUUUGUCCAAAGGGCUAUGGAAUAGUGAGUUCAUCUCUGAACUUGGAACCCUGGUUCCAGGAACCAGCCCACCACUUGUGACCAUCCUAGAGAGGGUCCUGAGCACUGAUGUGACCUUAGAGAUUUCCCAAGUGAUCUGAUUUGGGCCAGGACAGGAUUAACAUCACAUCUCUUGCUUAAGCUAUCUGCCUAAGGUCAGCCUGAGAGUCUAAGUGAAUGACUUUACUGUCUUUCCCUCAACAUUGAACUUGUAUUAAGAAACGAAACCCUAGCUUCUUACAGGGUGUUUAGACAGUAAGCUAGGGGCCUCCUUGGGUACAAGGAAUUCCUGCCACGAUUUGUUCCCAGCUGUGUUUGCUUUUGCAGGGACAGGAAAGAGAAGGUAAUUUGCUGCAGAUUCCAAAAGACUGUUAUGACCCUCAUAGGAAAAGCGAAGUUCAGCUGACAUACUUUCUGCCCUGAGGGUCUUGGCAAAGGUUAAUUCCAUUCUUUUAAGGAAAGAUAGCUCUCAGAAAACUUGGGCCAAUGCAGUAUCAGUUGCCCAGUUAUUUUCUUUGCUUAGUCUGCUCUUUGUGGUUAUAAAAGACCUUUGGCCCUGAAAGACCAAUGUUUGACCAUUAAUAUAUAUCUUUUUGCUAUUUUUAUUACUGAGAUCUGUUUUGUGAAGAUUGGGGUGUAGAAGGCUUUGGUUAACAAUGUUUUGGAUGGGCGGAGGUAACCUGAUUAUCUACGUGAGCAGACUUGAUGGAACAGAAGUCUAUAUGGUAAUACCAAUGGUCAUUAAACCUGAGUGACUUGA